AUGCCACCUCUUUCUAAAGACUUUAAGGACGAGCUCAGGGCUAAAGCCAAUGCGAGUCUGCAACGACAUUACAAGAGUCUCGACGAUGAGGCUCAAAACAUCAAUCAUGAUCUUCCGUCGAGGGAGAUGCUGGCCUCAUUCACGGCUCAUCUUCGAUCUUCGAAGCGAAUUCUUGUCUUGAUCGGCGCUGGUCUGUCAGCGUCAUCUGGAAUACCGACUUACAGGUCCGCUGGAGGCUUUUCGAGGACGUUUUCAGACCAGCAGCUCGCAACGAAGGGCGCGUUUGAGGACGAUCCCAUCUUGGUGUGGCAGUUCUACAAUUAUCGGAGGAGCCAGGCCAAAGCUGCGUUACCGAACCCAGCGCAUCACGCGCUUGCGGAGCUUGCGGCAAAGAAACCUGGGUUACUGUCGGUCAACCAGAAUGUCGAUGGGUUGUGCCAAAGAGCCGGACAUCCCAGCGAACAGAUCAUCAACCUCCAUGGAUCUUUGUUUCGCGUGAGAUGCUUCGACGAUGCAUGUGAUUACGAGGAGGAAAAUUACAAUAUUCCCAUUAUUCCACAGCUGCCAGUCACAGAGCCGCCUGGGGUUCUGGACUCCGCCGAUUCAAGAUCUGCGACGUCUGGAGUCAGCAUCGAUGAGCUACCACAUUGUCCGAAGUGCAGAGUCAACUUGCUGCGCCCAGCGACGGUGUGGUUUGGUGAAGGUCUUCCGGAAGCAAAAGUUAACCACCUCAACGGGUGGCUGUGCGGAGGUGAUUUAGAAACCUCUGUAGACGCGAAUAGCGCAGUUCAGGAUAAGAAAGUGGAUCUAAUGCUUGUAAUCGGAACAUCGGCCACGGUGUGGCCCGCAGCAGGAUACAUAGGUCGUGCGCGGAAGGCAGGCGCUCGUCUCGCCUUUUUUAACAUGGAGGCGAAGUCCGCUGGUGUGUCGAGACCAGAGGAAGACGAGUGGAUGUUCCUAGGAGAUGCAGCUGAGCUUGUUCCGAAAGCUUUGGAGGGGUUUCUGGAUGGAUAUGGUUAUGUUGACUAG